UGUAUGAUUACUUGUCGAAGAUAAUCCAGUUUGCGGCAAGCAGGGUUGAAGUCGCCUCAUUUAAGAUGGCGAAGAAACUCUUAAUAUUUUCUCUUGCAUUUAUCUGCAUAAAUGCAACACCAACACCACCUGCAGCCAGAAACACAAUAUUCAUAGAUGAACAAUUAGAAGGGCAAAUAUUCGAAGCAGUAAAGUUCACAUCUGAAAUUGAUAACUACAAUGGAACCUACAGCCCGAGUGAUUUCAGACUUCCCACAACAACAAAACCAAACAGCUAUGAUGUACUUUGGGUCAUAGAUAUGACUCGCCUUGUGUUUACUGGCGAAGUUACAAUAUAUUUAGUCGCAACUCAAGCUAAUGUUAGCGAAAUUGUCAUACAUGCUGCUAGCGAUCUAAGUAUAGGUACAGUAAGACUUCAACAAGGAGCUACUGUAAUACCGCAAACAAUAAGCAGAGAUGAUGUUACCGAGUUCCUUGUUAUAACACCAUCGACUGUUCUCCAGUACAAUGCAGCAGAUUCUGUUGUAUAUUCUUUAUAUAUUGAAUUCAAUGCGGAACUACGAAGGAAUAUGCAAGGUUUAUAUAGAAGCUGGUAUAGAAACACUUGGAAUGAUGCCGUACGUUGGAUGGCCACAACACAGUUUCAAGCAACUCAAGCGAGGGGUGCUUUCCCAUGUUAUGAUGAGCCAAGCUUCAAGGCAGUUUUUAAUAUUAGAAUACGAAGACCUACCGGAUUCAGAAGUUGGUCAUGUACAAGGCUCGAUUAUACGGAUUCCAAUAUUGGAGUAACCGGAUACGAAGAUGACUACUACCUCCCAACUCCAAUUAUGUCUACAUAUUUGAUCGCAUUGAUCGUGGCUGAGUAUGAGUCAGUACCAGCAGUUGACUCCAACAAUACCUUAGUGUACGAGGUCAUCACAAGACCAGGCGCAUUGGAUCAAUCUGAUUAUGCUUUCGAAGUUGGACAGAAGCUUCUCGCUGCAAUGGACAACCAUACUGGCAUUCCAUUCCUUUCUAUGUCGCAGAACUUGAAAAUGACACAAGCGUCUAUUCCUGACUUUUCCGCUGGAGCUAUGGAGAACUGGGGAUUACUAACCUAUAGGGAGGCGUAUCUGAUGUACGAUGAAGAACACACUCACGAUAAUCUUAAACAAAUUAUCGCCUACAUUCUAUCGCACGAAAUUGCCCAUAUGUGGUUCGGAAACCUGGUAACUUGCGAUUGGUGGAACAACCUUUGGCUAAACGAAGGUUUCGCAAGAUACUACCAGUACUAUUUAACACACUGGGUUGAAGAUUACAUGGGCUUCGAUACUCGUUUUAUUGUGGAACAAGUACACACCUCUAUGUUGGCUGACUCAGCUAAUAACCCUCACCCACUGUAUCAUCCUGCGAUGGAAAAUGAUCCCGACGCGGUCUGGGACAUGUUCUCAACUAUUUCUUACAACAAAGGAGCGUGCAUUAUUCGAAUGACAGAGCAUCUUCUUGGAUUUGAAGUGAACAGACUUGGAUUGCAGAAUUAUUUGGCGGAGAAGUCAUUCACAACGGCAUUACCCACGGAUUUAUCAGGAGCCUUACACAAUGCUGCUGUAUCUACUGGUGCCAUUGCUGCUUAUGGAUCAGACUUCUCUGUGGUCGACUAUUACAAGACCUGGUAUGAACAGCCUGGCGUUCCUGUGGUUAAUGUUCAAGUUGACCAUCAAACUGGCUCUAUGUUGAUCAAACAAGCCCGUUUCAACAUAAACACUGGUAUCUCGACAGACAACUUGAACUGGCAAAUUCCUAUUACUUUUGCAUCAGCCAGCAAUCCAGAUUUUACGAACACAAAACCAACUCAUAUCUUACGUGGCACCACAAUGGUUAUUAAUCGUGGAUCCGUUGGGGAUGAAUGGGUUAUAUUUAACAAACAACAAACUGGUUAUUACAGAGUCAACUAUGACCCGUAUACUUGGGAUCUUAUUAUCUUGGCAUUGCGAGGGGUUAAUAGAACUCAAAUACACGAAUACAACAGGGCUCAGAUUGUGGACGAUGUCUUCCAAUUUGCCAGAUCAGGGCUAAUGAACUAUACCAGAGCAUUUAAUAUUUUAUCAUUCCUUGAAGGAGAACAGGACUAUGCACCUUGGGUCGCAGCUCUUUCUGGUUUCUCUUGGCUGAGGAAUAGAUUGGCAGGAACCACAACUUUAACAACACUUGAAGCACAAAUUGCACGGUGGGCAACACCUCUAAUGAACAGUCUGACUUACCGACCUAUUGCCAAUGAGUCUUGGAUGAGGUCAUACUUACGACGACAGCUGGCACCUGUCAUGUGUAACAUGAACGUACCUGAAUGCAUAGCAGCGGCAAAUACACAAUUCCAAGCUCUUGUUGUCAGUGGAACUGAAGUCCCAGUUAACAACCGGAAUUGGGUGUAUUGUAAUGGUCUUCGAGCGGGUCUGUACACAGACUUCCAAUUUAUGUUGAGAAGAUAUAACGAACACAACGUCUACUCCGAGAAGAUUCAGCUUCUUCAAACUCUUGGUUGUACGUCCAAUGCAGUUGCUUUGAAUGAGUUGCUUAAUCUGAUAGUAUCAGAAAACUACGUGGUCCGUCCUCAAGAUUACAGCACAACCUUCAAUAAUGCGCUGACAGGAAACGAAGCAAACACUCAGAUUGUGUUCAAUUUCAUACAACAGAACUUAGAAGCAGUAUCUGAGGCUUUUUAUUCGCCAGCGACACCAUUGGCAAAUGUUGCUUCAAGGCUUAGGACACCUGCACAAGUGACUGAGUUCCAAGAAUGGUUGAACCAAACCCAGACCAUUUUGGGUGGUGCGUACUAUACUGCAUACAGUGCGGCCGAUUCUGCCCUUGCUAGUAUCGCGUUUGCAGAACAAAUCCAGGGUGAUCUUAACAACUACUUUGUAAACGGUGAUGACCAGAUCAGCGGCUCAACUGUUGCCCCAACUCAAGCCACGACACUCUCAACUUCAGCGAGACCAGGCUUAGAAGAGCCCGUCACUCCUCAACUACCAGAUUCAGCUGUUACCACUGCUGUUUCAGCAUUUGCGCUUACAAUAGCAGUGUUAAUCAACCGUUUCUUAUAAAUACGUAGCUUUAAAAUCUUGUUGUAAUAUGAAAUAAAUUAUUUUAAAAUAUAUUUUCUACAUAAAA